UAUAUAGUCUCCAUUUCGCUUUCUACUCUUGUUCUUAAUGCAUCAAAAAUGACAGUGAAGCAAUUUAAUCUCAGUCCUCUGAUCGUCCACCAUGGAAUCACAUGGGUACUCCUCUCGCUUGUAUACUCUUCAGCAUACGCCCAGACAAGCACUAACAAUCUGCAGUAUGGAGUUCCCUAUAAUUUCGAUCCUACAAUAGCUAUAGUAAUUGUUAUUUUGGUGUGUGCUUUCUUCUUUAUCGGGAUUUUUUCUAUCUUCAUCCGUCAGUGUUCAGAUUCAGAGCCCAGAAUUGUUGCUGGAAGUAAGCGGGUCGGUCUCGACCCUGAUGUGAUAGAGAAGUUCCCUGUUCUUGUUUACUCUCAUGUAAAAGAUCAUGUCAAGAUAUUAGAAUGCGCAAUAUGCUUGAGUGAAUUUGAAGAUGAUGAAACGCUGCGUUUAUUACCCAAAUGCAAUCAUGUUUUCCAUCCUGAAUGUAUUGAUGAAUGGUUAACUUGCCGUGUUACUUGUCCGGUUUGCCGAGCAAAUUUACAGGAAGCACCAACAGCAGAGUCUAGUACUGUCAGUGAAGUAGCACGACAAGAAGUCACUAUUAACGUUGACGAAGAGCAAAGCGGGGAAUCGCCAGUGAGUAGAAAGAACCAGUUUCCGAGAUCGCAUUCGACGGGACAUUCACUGGCAGAGAAUGUUGAAAGGUGUACAUUGAGAUUGCCCGAGGAGCUGUUGAGGACAAAGAUCAUGGCAAGUGCCAAACUGAAACGGGCUAUGAGUUUUAAUGUAAUUUUGGCAAUGGAAGGGAGUUCAAGUAAAGGCAGCAGCAGAGGAAAGCACAGAGGCCGGUCGGUUUUUUCAUAAAAACAGUCCGAAUUACAUUAGAAAAAGUUGUUAAUAUAUUUUUCUUUAAAAGUUAAAAACAACUAGCAGAAUACAUUAAUUUAAGAAUUGAAAUUGUACACACAUUUGAAUACAUUCUCCUAUUAUAUAUAUAGUAUAGUAAAGUCGCAACCACAGAAUUAGCAUAGCUGCAUGUGUAUAUUUCAAUUUGAGUAAAGUAUGUAGUUUGAGUUUUUUUCUCAUUUCUUUCU